UAGCAAGCCACGUCAUGGGAGAAAAUACAGUACUGGGAGGUAGCACAUUCAGAAUAUAUUUUUUAAAAACACUUAGAAUUCACAAAAAGCAAUAAACCAUUUUUAAAAACUAGGACAAAGUUUAAACAGACACUUAACCAAGGAAGAUACGUGAAUGGUGAUGCACACGAAAGGAUCUUUUCAUCUUGCUAGUCCUCAGGAAAACACAAACUAGUCACGAGAGAAUUGCACGGCUAUCGGAAAGACCGUUGAUACCAGGUGUCGACAAGGACGUUGGUACGGAUGGAAAAGCGUCCGACAGUUUCUUCUUAAACAUGCAUUCCCUGAUGACCCAGCUUUUCCACUCCGACAUAUUUACCCAAGAAAUGAAAGCCUUGUCCACCCAACGAUGUGGUUUUGAUUGUUCACCGCAGCUUAACUGGUAACAACCCAGGUGUCCUUCUGCAGGUGCACAGGUGAACUCCUGGUCUUGCUGCGGGAUCCACCCCAGCCUCUCUGAGCACCACCCUGAGUUACAAAUGUUGAACUAUCUCUGUGUUGACUUCAAUUCCCGCUGUGUCUUGCACUAUUAGGAAAGGGCUCUGGUUAACCACAUUUCAUUUCUCAAACAAGCAUAGGCCCUAGGUAACACCACCCCCGACCCCAGGGCCCACAGACCACGACCAGGUGAGCGUGUCACUGGGAACAUGAGCUUAACUGAAGUUACGCGGUUACUCCUGCUGCAAAUGCCUUGGGACUGGGUGAGUUACUCUGCUUUCCAAGAAAGUAAAUGUUUUGGUUCUUUUUUUUUAUGAGAGAGUUCCUUUUUCAUAACCAUCUAAAAGGAAUACUGCCGUGGUUGGAGCACUUCAAGUAAUCUAUGGAAAGGAAGUUGUCAGAGAUGUGCACGAGGCAGACGCGUAACCUUUCAGUGGCUUUAUUUUAAACAGCAGAAGAGUACCAGCACCCAACGUGUCCUAAAGGAGAGGGCUGGUCUUCACAAGUGCUGCGUGACAGGACUCACGCUUCCCUCCCCACUUGAGAGCACACGUUUCACUUGAAAGUUGAGUUUCCUACUUUGCUGACGUGUUCCUAACUUACCCUAUAAUUUACACUUCUACACUUUUCCAGCCACGAUUUACUUGCCUUUUGUACCAUUAAUAAACCAAAAUAAAUAUUCCUGAGGUAAACGGGUAAGAGAACUGGGAAAGAGAAGUGAAAAAUCUUGUCUCCUGGUAGUAAAUGAGAGGAGCGGGGCACAGACCCAGCUGUGACCGUGAGCGGCACCGCGGAGCGCCCCGCCUCCUCGCGGGCCCAGUGCUGGCAAACCUCACCUUUCUGCGGGUGUCUGCCAGCUAGUUCUUGGGCAAAGGAAAAAUGACGGAUACCUUGCGCGAAACAAAAAUAUGAACAAAUGAUCCAGCCUGUGUGAUGAACGACCAGGCAAAAGAAAAUGCCAUGCCCUUUAACGGUUGCUGGUGGGGGUAUAAACUGCCAACAUGUACUAAACACUAUUGCUUUUUACUUAGUAAAUUUACUGUUUGCUUCCAUGACUGUCCAUCUUCUGAGUCUUUAAAUACAUGCCAGUUCCAGCAUCACAGGGUCCAUUCUCACCCACCCACCCUUCUCCUUAUUUCUAACUUCUUUCUUCACAGGGAGAAACAUGCAAAUUACGAUUAUCUGCAAAAUAUCUACCCAUUUUUCAACACCAGUAAACAUACAAAGUAGUUUAAGAACUGCUAACUCCUGCCCCAGGGAUACCUGGUUUAGAAUGGAGCGCUGGGGGCUGGCAAGGGGACGUGCACGCCCCGCCACUGUCCUCAAAUGCAGACCCAGCGGGAAGUCUGACUGUGUGUUAGAAGCUGGGGGGGAGGGAAGGGAAGCUGGACCAAAACGACAAGAAGAAGACAAAACUUCCUAAAAGCUAGCAAACGUAACACGAAGGGGGAAGCCCCAAGAAUCCAGGACUGUUCGGUGAGUGACAGUAAUCCACAAAUCCAUCCUCCUUUCCGGAGGAGCGAGCGGUGACGGCCUGGGGCAGCAGGACCGAACGAGAAGGGAGGAGGCGCCGGGAAGCUCCGCGUUUGCGGAGCCGUGCGGGCGAGCGGCGGGCAGUGCGGCCGGAGCUGCGGCCGGCAGUCAGGGAGAAAGGAGAAGACCCAGGGAGCCUCCGGGCGAAUCAGGGGCUCGGGUGAUAGCGAGUGAGCAGGAGAGUAUUUCGGGGAGGCUCUAGAGCAGGGAGACCGCCGUCUCCUUCCGGGGCACGUAGGGUUAUGCACGCUGUACCAGUGUUCCCGAACUUUCUCGAUAGACGACGCCCCUCGCCCCGGCCCCAUACGUUCCUUUAGGGGGGUGUCGCCGCUGGCAACCGCUGGAGCCUCUGAACCCCCUUCGGCCAGGACUUUGUCUCGCCUUAAGUUCCGUCCUCUGAGGCGUCGAUGUUCUGCCUCAAACAUUCGAUACGCGUGUUCCAGGCGUCCCCGCCUUCCGCGCCCCACGUCCAGCCCCCUUGCGAAUCCGCGGCCCGGGGGAGCCCCGUCAGAGUGCCCGGGGGCACCAGAGGGGACACGAAUGUAACCUUCGACCUGCCAUCUGAUGCAGCAGUAUUAAAUAGCAGCUCUUGUGGUAAAGAGAAUGCUUCUGACCCCAGUCUCAUGAUUGCUUUUGGAAGAGGACAUGGACUGAUUCUCAAUUUCACAAGAAAUGCAACACGUUACAGUGUUCAGCUGAUGAGUUUUAUUUAUAACUUGUCUGACACACAGAUUUUCCCCAAUGCAAGCUCCAAGGCUAUCAAGACUGUGGAAUCUGCAACUGACAUCAGGGCUGACAUAAAUAAAAAAUACAGAUGUGUGAGCAACAACCAGAUUCACAUGCACAAUGUCACUGUCACACUCCAUGAUGCCACCAUCCAGGCGUACCUUGCCAACAAUAGCUUCAGCAAGGAAGAGACGCACUGUGAGCAAGACGGGCCUUUCCCGACAACGGCGCCGCCGCCGCCUCCCCACCCUUCGCCAUCCCCAGCGCCCGAGAACCCCCCCGUGUACAAGUACAAUGUGAGCGGCAGCAAUGGGACCUGCCUGCUGGCCAACAUGGGGCUGCAGCUGAACGUCACCUACGAGAAGAAGGACAACACGACCAUGACGAGAGUGUUCAGCAUCAACCCGAAUAAGACCACUGCCGGAGGGAGCUGCGGCCCCCAGCUGGUGACCCUGGAGCUCCGCAGCGAGAGCGUCUCUCUCCUGGCCUUCCAUUUUGGAAUGAAUGCAAGUACUAGCCGGUAUUUCCUGCAAGGAAUCCAGUUGAAUAUGACUCUUCCUGACGCCAGAGAUCCCACCUUUAAGGCCGCCAACAGCUCUCUGAAGGCCCUUCAGGCUACCAUCGGGAAUUCGUACAAAUGUAACGCUGAGGAGCGCGUGCAGGUCACAGAGGCCUUCUCCAUCAACAUCUUCAAAGUGUGGGUUCAGGCUUUCCAGGUGCAAGGAGACAAGUUUGGGUCUGUGGAGGAGUGCCAGCUGGAUGAGAACGGCAUGCUGAUCCCCAUUGCCGUGGGCGGUGCCCUAGCAGGGCUGGUCCUCAUCGUCCUCAUCGCCUACCUCGUCGGCAGGAAGAGGAGCCAUGCCGGCUACCAGACCAUUUAGCGCGGCCGCGAGAGGCGCGGGGCAGCGGCCGCUGCGGGCUCUCUGCUCCUUUCCCCGGGCUUCGGUUGGUGUUGAGGGAGGCGCACUUUCUUGCAAACUGAUUUCAGAUCUGCUUUACCCAAUGUGAAGUUCAUCUUGCAACAUUUACUAUGCACAAGAGUAACUUUGAAACGACGGUGUUAAUUUUGCUAACUGGGUUAAAUAUUUUGCUAAUGGUUCAACGUUAAUAUUUACCAAAGUAGAACUUUAAGGUGGGAGGGUAAGAGUGCUUUUCUAAGAGGGGCACUGGCUCCACUGUCAUUUGGCUUUUUAAGAUUCUGGUGUUUGGCCCCUUCAUUCUUGACUGAGAUUUCAGCCUUGCCAAGGGAGGGUCCCUGGUCUUGACCUUAGGACCUCUGAGGAGGGCUGGCUAGGUGUUAGGCCGCUAUGCUUAAGAAAUUAGUAGAGAAAGAAGAUCUUAAAACAGAAGUACUCCAAAAGAUGAAGAUCUGGAACGCUUAAAUUAAGCUUUAGAAGCCAGGACAGGCCCUGCCCCCUGCCCCCCAGGCGGCACAGCUCAGUACUUGGGCAAGGGCGCUCCUAUGCGUCAGGGCCUUUGGUCUUUCCAUGCUCUGCCACUCAAGAGCUGGCACUUUUUUUAAAAUAGAUAAAUGGGUGUUAUUUUUAUUUACCUUUUUGUAAAGUGAUUUCCAGUCUUCUGUUUGAGGUUCAGGGUGAUCCUGUUCUGCACUUGUGUAAAUACUGGGUAUCACACUGAUCUACCCGCUUGCCGCUCGGGAGGCUGUGCACUGAGGACCCUUCAUGUCACGCAUUGCUGUAACAAUGCUAAUAAAGCAUCUCUUUCUUUCUC